GCAGAACGCUGGCCUGCGUUCGCAGGAUGCCACCAUCCCUUGGGAGCUCAACAUGCUGCGCGGGGGGAUUCACAUGCCCAUGAGGCUGAGCGUUCAGGUAUUGAACACCAGGCAGCUCUACGCCGAGAUGGGCAUCGAGACCACGUGGCCGACCCAGCAGCUCUUCCUCGACCAUCCGCGGGUCGUGCGCUCGGAUGUCGCGGCGAACAGGAUGUUGUCGUUGGUGUCGGCGUUGUGCGUCGAGCACGCGAGGCGCGGCAUGCCCUUUACUCAUGGGUACCCAAGGCGCCAGGUGAUGUUGCUAUGCCCGAAGCUCCGCCCCAAGUUCUUGCGGGAGUUCAAGGGCGACCUCGCUCUGUUCGACGAGCUGAAGGAUGCGGCCUUCCCAGGUGCCGAGCAGAUGAGGUCCAGGAGCCUCUUCAUGAAGAUGAGCGUAAAGCACUUGAAGGUAGCUUGGGGCGGUGGGCAGUGGGGUUUGGGCCAGGUCGCGCGGGUGGGUGGCGCGAUUUCGGGCUCGGACGGGCGAGGGUCGGGGGCCGCGGCUGCGCUCGCACCGCCCGCGCCGCACAGGCUCCUGGAGCAUAUCAAGGCCAAGUGCGCGCGCAUCAUCGGGAGCCAAAUCGUCGAGGAUUGCUUCAACAAGGCCAAGGGCAGAGUGGACUGCCAGAAGAACACCAUGUCCAGCGCUCCCGCCACGAUGGCCACUUGCAUCGACGCGAAGGUGAUCGAAUCGGUCCACAACUUCAAGCCCAUCGGGGUUGGCACGGAGUCGGUUGCGAGGAACAGCGCGUUCGCGCCAUCCACGUUCAAGCCGAGGUUGCAGCAGAGACACCUCGACGACCAGACGAAGGCGCUCAAGCUGUGGGAGGUGGCGGGGUUUGGAGAACCAUCAUGGUGCAGCCCAGGGUCACGGGGCAUGUUUGCGCCCCGCGCGGAAAUCGAGGUCUUGCGACAGUGCAAGCAACAGCGCAAGAUGGGGUACGUCGACAAGAAGUUCUUCUGCCGCUUGGUGCACCAGGGCGUGGCCAUCCAGCACACCUCCGAGAGGGACAGGGCCUGGCAUCUUGGCAUGGGGACGUUGGAAGGGGGCUUGGCCGUGACAUGGCCGCUGGUGCCCGACGGCGCCCGUGGCGACAUUUUCAUCAUCGACGCGAAGUCGGAGAUGCAGCUACUCGUGAUCGUUGACCCGUCCGAGUGGAGCGCAGCACCUAUUCGCCUCGACUCGCCGCUUCGCCAGGCGGUGGAGCGCGAGCUCCACCAGCUCGCGGGCGCGACGACGGGGGCCACCGAGGUCAACGUGAAGGCUUGGGAGACGUUUCUUAAG